AUGGAAACCGUGUUGCUUUUUACCAUAGCCAUUGGUACUUCAACUUAUCUCCUAUGGUUCUAUCUUCUAGCUCGAAAGCUUACCGGUCCAAAAGUUUGGCCAUUUUUUGGCAGCCUUCCAUUUUUAUUCUUGAACCGAAGACGAUUUCACGACUGGAUAGCUGGAAACCUCCGGUCCACCGGCGCAGCUGCCACGUACCAAACAAGCACCAUUUGUAUACCAUAUCUGGCACGUAGACAAGGGUUCUAUACGGUCACAUGCCACCCUAAAAACAUCGAACACAUUCUCCGAACCCGGUUCGAUAACUAUCCCAAAGGCCCCACAUGGCAAACCGCCUUCCAUGAUCUUCUCGGGCAAGGUAUAUUCAACAGCGAUGGUGAAACAUGGCUUAUACAGAGAAAAACUGCUGCCCUCGAGUUUACAACCAGGACUCUUCGUCAAGCCAUGAAUAGGUGGGUGAACCGGACCAUCAGAACCCGGUUGUGGGUUAUUCUGGAGAAGGCUUCCAAAGAACACAUUGCAGUGGACUUGCAGGACUUGCUACUACGCUUGACAUUCGAUAACAUUUGUGGCCUUACCUUCGGUAAAGAUCCCGAAACCCUCUCCCCUGAAUUACCCGAAAAUCCUUUCGCCAUAGCCUUCGAUUCAGCGACUGAAGCAACACUGCAAAGAUUGCUCUACCCCGGUUUUUUAUGGAGGUUGAAGAAAAUCUUCGGUUUUGGAGCUGAAAUGAGACUAAAGAAAAGCCUUGAGGUCGUGGAAACCUACAUGACUGAUGCUUUAGACGCACGUAAAGAAACUCCGUCCGAUGAUCUCUUAUCCCGCUUCAUGAAAAAGAGGGAUGUCGACGGAAAUCUCUUCCCAAGCUCAGUCCUCAAACGCAUUGCGCUCAACUUUGUUCUUGCAGGCCGCGACACUUCCUCUGUAGCUCUCAGCUGGUUCUUCUGGCUUGUCAUGAACAACCCUCGAGUUGAGCAAAAGAUCGUCAACGAAUUAUCCACCGUUUUACAAGAUUCUCGAGGCGAUGACAUAGAAAAGUGGAUUGAAGAGCCAUUGGUGUUUGAUGAAGCCGACAGGUUAGUCUAUCUUAAAGCUGCAUUAGCUGAAACCCUCCGUUUAUACCCCUCAGUGCCUGAAGACUUCAAAUAUGUAGUCUCCGACGAUGUCUUGCCGGACGGGACGCAUGUUCCGGCUGGUUCAACGGUGACUUAUUCGAUAUACUCGAUGGGAAGGAUGAAGACUGUGUGGGGAGAGGACUGCAUGGAGUUUAAACCGGAGAGGUGGCUCUCCACCGCUGGAGACCGGUUCGAGCAGCCUAAGGAUGUUUACAAAUUUGUCGCGUUCAAUGGUGGACCGAGAACUUGUUUAGGCAAGGACUUGGCUUACCUCCAAAUGAAGUCUGUGGCUUCAGCAGUGCUUCUUCGUUACCGGCUAUCACUGGUCCCCGGUCACCGGGUUGAACAAAAGAUGUCUUUGACCUUGUUCAUGAAGCAUGGUCUGAAAGUGUAUUUGAGUCCACGUCUGCUUGCAGCUCCAGCUCCAGCAUCAAUGGUUGCCAUGUCAGCAUAAAAGGUGACAAAGUAAAAUUGGGAGUUUUGAAUGAGGGCAGAACUGGAAUUUCACAG